AUGGAUCAGAAACGUGGCUUGAACAUAGAAAAUUGUCAAUGUUUGGCCAUCAGUGCCUCUAAAGUAUUGGUGGGGUUUGGUGGGCAGUUACUUCCCCAUGAUAUGUUACACUGGUUAGUAAAUGUACUCCAUACGCCAAAGGACCGUCUACCUCGCAGAGCUCAUCUCGUCCAGCCUUUUGCUCAGUGGAAGCGACCGAGAGGUGAACGGUGUAUGGCCUGGCAACGAAGUUUGAACACAUUGACCGGUAAACAUAGUCGGGUUGACAACUGCCGCCUCUCUGAAUGGGAACCCGAGACACAACUUCCUGGCAUAUCUAGGCUUUGUCAACCUGGUAGUAACCUAGCCCUCGUGCUUCCUCCUUUUGGCGUGGCAGCUAGGUAUAGAAAGGGUGUUACAGCUGAAAGAUUUAUAUUAUUUCAUCUCAACUUGGUGGUUUCGUCCGCCAUCAUUACUCUGGGUUUUAAUCUGAUAUGGCCCAGUCGCGCCCUCAAUGGCGCUCGUGCAUCCAAGCUAUUGCCUUCAAUGCAUCUUUUCUUUUCCGACCCCCCACUUGACAGCCCACUGACAGUGCUGGAUUUAUGCACCAAUUUAUCAGCUCCCGCCUGCAAUGCGCACUGCCCCCCCUUAUUACAGCUGACAAUGAUGAUGAAUGGGUGGAGGAGUAUGAAGAACUGGUUUUGUGUUGUCUGGGGUGAGAUGGCUCAAGUGGUUGGAGCGCGAAUUUACUAA